UGUUUUAACAUAUAUGUUGUAUAAUAAUACAUCCAGUUUAACUACUGCACAUAGACUGUAUUUUAAAGUUUGAAUUCUGUCAAAAGUCAUGUUUUUAAAGGUGUUUCAUUGCUUGCUACCGUUAGCUUAGCAGUACUAGCUAGCUUGGACAGCAAUUUGGAUAGCUUGCUAGCUAGAGCGAAUUACUAUGCAAGCUAACGUAGCUACAACGCUAGACAGCUGUUUCUGUACACCUAAACUAAAUGUAUUGGUGGCUAUUCUACGUGUGUUAUUUGCCUGUCGUAUGCAGCUAUAUGAGUUGUAACUGUAAUAGCUCACGCAUGACUGCAUGCUUAUUCUUGAAUAACUAGGUGGCUAGCUAGCUCUGUAUGUGACACUGACAGCCAGCGUGAGGCUAGCUAGCAGACCAUGUAGUGUUGGUGGGUAAAUCCAUAAGAGCGGGAAGAGACCGCGCACGGCCACUGUAUGAAUGAGCAAAUCGGUUUAAAGGCUAAACAUUAUGAAAAUAAGCUUAAGUUAACACGGAGAAACUAACUGUCAUCGAUAUGCGAGCAAAGCCGAUCGCUCUAUGUAUGGGCGAUGUGACAGGUGCGGGUUGUGACCAACAUCAUGCCUCCCCUACUCGUAGUAUUACGGCUGACGCUAGUGACAGCCGCGUGAGAAGGCUUGACACAGACAGUCAUGGCUAAAAACAGUCAAUGCGCCAUUCCUAAUUUACAUGUGUGCAAAAGCUUUUCAAUCAUAGUUCUAUUAAGGGAAACGCUGAGUGCUCAGUCGCUUACCCCGUCCCCUACAUUUGUAACCAUGCAGACAAAGCAUGCUGGUAUUUCUCGUUUUACUCCCGUUUUUAUUUUUGUCCGAACCUAUAGUGCGGCACCGUAGUGGGAGUGUCUCUGAAGCCGUUUGUUAGAGCAUUAUUUCACCUUGCUGGAGUGCACUUGGUUUAUCUUUACUAUAAAAAAAUGCGGUAGAUAAUACAUGUUAUUGACAUUAUAAACAUUAUGAGAUUUACGUUCACUAUUUCCCUUCGAACAAAUUAAAUUGACCUGCUACUCCACCAACUCAUUAAGUCUUUUUUAUAUAUAAUGUGAUCUCAAUAAUUAUAACGCAUUCGUAAUGACUUGUAAAAAAUAAUAAAACAAUAACUCUUCAUUAAGACCGAGUAUUCAUUCAGCAUCUGAGGAUGUGACAACACAACCAAAUAGUCUCACUGGAGAUAAGGUGGUUGUCUAGUGAGAAAAGAUCUGCUCCCUUUUGUCAAAGACUUAUGUCUGAAAGCCUCGAGUUUUUAUAGAUUGUUCAUGAAACGGCAGUAUGCAGUUCUCAUUUAUCCUGUCUCUACAGAGUAGUGACGCUGAGCAGGACUGAUGUUGUGGCUUAAGAGUCUCUGUUUGUGGUCGAGAACAGCACCAUCACCACUGGGGUGUCAUAGAAACAAAUGGCGAUAGACCAACACAACUUAGACAGCAGAAGUGUGAUUGUGCGGAUGACGCGGCAUAGUCAAGAUGAGAAAGCACCGGCUUCUGCUUUCACUCUGUGAAAUGGAAAAACCACGAGCAGAAGGCUGUUUUUGGUGUUAUUGACUCGGCGUAAGAAUGUGGUAAGUUCUCUCUGAACACAUACAGAUGACGAUGUCGUGAGGUCGAUUCAGGGGUGGUGGCUGGAGACGAGGCUGGAGAGGACUGCUCAUUGGGAUCACUAGUGUCCUUAUCAAGACAGCCGUCCAGUUCCAGCCUCCCACAGACCAGAGUCGGAGGUUUGGUCACAUGGUACGGAUUAAAAAAAGAGCCAUUGAGCUGCACCUUCGAGUUAUGCUUUGGGAUAGGCCAUAGCUCUCUGCCUAAGCACUUACGUUGUGUUCGAGGACUCUUGGCUUAGGCUCACCUUUCUUGAGCUAUACCUGGGUGGGGGGUGUCCUUUCCACCACAGGGAUUUGACGGAAUGAGGUCAAAGCAGGAUAUGAUGUCACCCAGCUGUGCUGUUGGUAUUUCCCAGAGGCCUCGGGGAGCGGUUUGCCGCCGCUGCGUGAGCCAACCAUGACGGAGGAGAGGCUGAAGGCGGACCCCUCCAGGAGGGAGGGGCUGGAGGCGGUGGAGGGCGACACGGAGCCCAGCAGGAUGGUGCAGAAGCUGGGGAGCAACGUGUCGAAGAGCGUCCAGGGUAAAGUGGAAAGCAUCCUGAAAGAGGUGCAGCAUUUCUCAGACAGCGACAAGCUGUACCUUUACCUGCAGCUGCCCUCAGGACCCAGCGCUGGGGAGAAGAGCAGUAGCAGUGGCGGAGGAGGAGGACCAGGAGGAGACUCCAGCUCCUUCAACACGGCCGACCAGCUGCACACCUGUAACUGGAUCCGCAGUCACCUGGAGGAGCACGCGGACACCUGCCUGCCCAAGCAGGACGUCUACGAGACGUACAAAAGAUACUGUGACAACCUGCAGCACAGGCCCCUGAGUGCUGCUAACUUUGGGAAGAUCAUCCGAGACAUCUUCCCCAACAUCAAGGCUCGCAGGCUGGGAGGGCGGGGCCAGUCCAAGUAUUGUUAUAGUGGAAUUCGCAGGAAGACUGUGCUGAACAUGCCUCUACUGCCAAGCAUGGACCUCAAAAACGACCCGUCGGAGCUGACGGAGUUGGUGCAGACGUACAAACAGGAAGUGACGGAGGCGGCGUGUGAGCUGAUCUGUGACUGGGCUCAGAAGAUCCUGAAGCGCUCCUUCGACACGGUGGUGGAGAUUGCCCGCUUCCUGGUGCAGGAGCACAUUGUCAACCCUCGCUGCAGCCAGGCCGAGCUCGUCACCUCCGCCGCCCUGGCAGGAGGCCCAGCCAAGCCUGCCAAGGUGGUGAAGAAAAACUCCUCCCAGUCCAAGGGGGGAGGGGCCGACCUGGAGGGCAGUGCUUCUGAACUGAAGAGGGAAAAGGAAGGCGGAGAGCAGUCGUCGCCGGGGAAACCGCCGCCUAGCGACAAGCCGGCCUAUAAGGGACAGGAGCUGGUUCGUCCCGGGGGUCGCGACCUCCAGGUGGAGGCUCUGAUGAAGAGCUACCCCAAGCUCCUCCCCCGGAGCUCCGUCCCCGACAAGACCCAGCUCUCCGUGCGCUCCUCGCCCCCCUCGCUCGCGCCCAAGGACUCCGGGGUCAAGGUCAUCGCCAUGGCGACCCUGCCCCAGCAGCAAGGCGGGGCCCUCCCCCUCAUGAUCCUCCCCCAGAGCCUCAGUCUAUCGUACGACAGAGAGUCGGCCAAAGCCCCGCCCCCUCCUGUCACAGUGGCGCCCGCCGCAGUGACCUCCGUGGUGCAGCGCGCGCGCGCGGCACCCAAACGAGCGGCGGAGACGCCCGCAGCUGCGUGCGGGACCUCGGGCCCCGGGGGGGCGCCGGCCCCUCCCAAACGCAAGAGAGGCCGUCCCAGGAAGACCCGACCAGAAGACGCCCUUCCCCCUCCUCCUCCUCUUCCCGCCGUCACCCAGACCUCCAUCAUCACAGGAGGCGUGAUCCAGAAGGCCUGCUCUUCUUCCACCUCCUCCUGCGCCUCCUCCCAGCUGCUGGAGUUUGUGAUCCAGGAGCAGCAGGGGCUGGUGGGGGAGGGGGCCGUCCAGGGGCCCCGGGGGGUGGUGGUGCAAUGCCAGGCCGGCCAGGAGGGGGCGCCCAGGCCCGUUCUGCUCCUGCAGAGCCCGGUGGGACAGGCGGGUUGGGAGGUCGGGGGCAGGACCAUGGUGGAGGUGAUCCAGAGAAAUCCGCGACUGCAGGUGUUGGAGGACCGGAGCGAGAUGGAGAUCACCCUGACCCCCGUCGACCCCCACUCUGACCUCCAGCUGACUGGACAGGCCCCGGGGGGGGCGGAGGAGCAGUCAGCCCAGGACAGCACACCGACUGGGGGGCCCUAGCCCUGACCCUGGUCCCCCUGCACACACUCUCCUCAUCCUAAUCCCAUCCCUCACCCACAGACUGUUAGAGCCCCCCUUCUCCCGCCCCCUACUCAACUCAUCACUCCACAGUCCUAACUCCUCCCCCUCCCCCCGUUUGUUGUUUGGUGGAAAUCCUAGACUGGCGCCGCAGAGAGCCAAUCGGGAUAGAUGAAGCCAAACCGCCACUAACCUUCCAUUGGCCGCCCUUGCACUUGACAAUGGAAAAGGGCAGUUUGUUAACCCUUUUCUGUGACUCUUAAAAUGCAUGUUUGUCUGUGUAACUGGGAGUGACGCAAGAGAGGUGACUCUGAGCCCCUCAGAUAAGCGUGCUGUUCCAAAUCAACGCCUAAACCCUACAUCCUAGGCACUAAACCCUGCAUCCUAGGCACUAAACCCUGCAUCCUAGUCAUGGGAUGCUAACCAUCCUUGCUGUGGUGAGAGGUGGGGCCUUCAUGACUCCAACCUUCCCGAUUCGACCUUCCUAUUGGCCACCAGUGCUGGAGAGGGCGGGUCCGAGGGGUUUGGUUUGGAACAAGGCCUGCUCCUGUGGGUUCUGGAGGAUCUUGGAUGGAGUAUUACGGGUUUGGAACCAGUCCGGGUUCCCAGUACUUCCCCCCCCCCCUUCAACAGGAGGGAUUUUCAAUCUUUUUUCUACAUCCCUGGUAGUUCUGUCGGUGUUGGUGCUUUGUGAUGUCAGAGGGAGAGAGAGAAAAAGGAAAGUCAUGUGACUUUCCACUGAUGUGGCUGGCUGCAAUCUAGCGCAUGCUCUUCAAUCAGAGAAGCCAGCCAAUCAGAACUGGGCCUGCCUGCCACAGUGUUCUUAAUAGCGUGUGAAUGGAUUGUGAGAUAACACCCUCUCCCUUUUGGUUGGGAAUCCCCAUCACCCGAACCUCAACCCCCCCGACUCCAUUCCCAAACCUCACCCUUAAGCCCGACCCCCUUAACCUCAUCCACCAACUCCAUCUCCAAACUUCACCCCUUAUCCCACC